GCUCUCUCCGACCAUGAAGGCUGCCACAAGGAACCUUGUCCGCACGGCUGUGAGGCGGCUUGGGUCCAGUCUGUCAAAUCUCAUCUAUGUGACUAGAAGAAAAUCGCUUACCGAUAACUUGUCAGUGAUCUCAUCGCAGGAACAGCCAAGGGCCAGAUCCAACCAGAAAGUGCUAAGAGACUUAAAAAAAGUGAAGAAGAAGACAAAACGAGACACUAGCGACAAUACCAGCAAAGAAAACUUGAAUUUCCUCGAAGUUCAGGAAGCCAUAGAGGUGUUCAACGCCAAAAAUUCCCUCAAUAUUGACAUCAACCAAGUUUCAAAUCCAUCGGAAAUCAUAGACACAUUCUUGUUCUCCAAGAAAAGGCCAGAAAUCAUCAUCCCAAACUUGGAAAUCGUGUAUCAAACCUUUGAAGGAAAUGGAAUAGGUAUCAUCCCCAAAUCUAUGUACAUUACCCCAUUCACCGAAUCAGAAGAGCAUAUAUUCAACAAAUUCACAGUGGUCCAGGUCCCCAAGACCGUGGUUGGAGACAAAGUGAAUGUCAAGCUUGCAUUACACACAAGAUACUAUGCCGAAGGGGUCCUUCAAGAGGUGAUUUUCUCCAAGAAAAGCGUACGGAACAACGACUUAAUUGUUUGCAACAAGUUUGACGAAUGCAAUGGGUGCCAGCUCCAAAUGAUGACCUACGAUGACCAGUUGAAAUUCAAGGAGUCGGUAAUCAAGAAGGCCUACAAGUUCUUCUAUCCAGAAUUGUUGAAUCAGAGUAUUGGUUCUGUCUACGGUUCUCCCAUGGAAUACUCGUACAGAAACAAGAUCACCCCUCAUUUCAAGUAUCCAAGAGUCAGAAGAAACCACGACGAUGUCAUUGACUUGGAUGAACCCACUAUCACAGACAUCAAGAUUGGAAUGCAACACAUCAACCCCACUAAAGGCAUGGUGGAUAUCGACCAUUGCGAAAUUGCAACUCCAAUUAUCAAUGAACAGUUGCUGAAGAAGAGACUGGAAAUCCAAAACAGCCUUGAAAAUAUCCCAGCUCAUAAACAGGGCAGACAGCAAACACUCUUCUUGAGGGAGAGUCUCGUAAUUGACAAUAAUACUGGCAACCACUCUAGGACGUGUAUCUCUGAGUCGAAGAACAAGGUCAUCACAGAGAAGGUUGAGGAUUUUGUUUUCCAAUUCGAGCCAUCUGGAUUCUUUCAGAACAAUAAUCAUAUUCUCCCACUCGUGCUAGACUACAUGAGGUACCAUAUUGGAGACUACAGUUACAAGUAUCUAAUCGAUACCUACUGUGGAUCUGGUUUUUUUGGAAUUUCAUUGUCCAAAGAUAUAGCCAAGGAGGGCAAAAUAUUCGGCAUAGAAUUGGCAGAACUUUCUAUCAAGUAUGCUACCCAUAACGCAAAAUUGAAUGGCUUGAAAGUACCAGAGCAAAUUCAAUUUAUUGAGGGCAACUCAGAGUCUCUCUUCAAAAACGAUGAAUUCUUGAGAUCAGGAAUUACGGGUGAUGAAAGUAUUGUGAUCAUGGAUCCAUCUCGGAAAGGAUCGAAUAUUUCAUUCAUGAAACAAUUAUUGGAAUUUAAACCAAAAUUGAUCAUUUACGUCAGUUGCAAUGCUUUCACCCAGGCAAGAGACUUGGGUGACUUUUUUGAGUUACAGGGUACUAAUAACGAAUACAAAGUAAGAGAUUUGGUUGGGUUUGAUUUCUUUCCACAAACAAAACAUGUCGAGACCGUUGCAGUAAUCGAGAGAAUUGGCUAAUUUGGUCGAGCACUUGAUGAAGAAUGAACCAAGAAAAUAUUACACCGUACCAGUCCAUUGUUGCCUCAAAUAUGAUUCCAUUAUGCAUUAUUCUUGAUCAAUUCUAGAGGAAAUCAUACAUCAUUAUAUCAUCUGCAUUAGAAAUUAUUAUAUGUGUCUAUUUCUAUAACUUAAUCUUGUAUAUAACUAUAAAUAGAACCGUAUUCAUAUCCUUGAAUAGCAAA